GAGAAGACAGAUAUGUACACAAGAAUGUCCUUUUAUCGCUUUCUCCAUUAGAUCCUUGCUUGCUCGGUGGAGCCUACACACAGGCACUAUAUACCGAGGGAGGUAGAUUAAGAUGGUUGCGAUGUAACUCGAUCAAAAGCCAUGGUCUCCUUGCAGAAGGAGCGUUUCUCUAAGAGAAUGAGGUACCAAGACGGAAAGGAACAUGAUGGUUGCUGCCUCUCGAAGCCUGACACCGAGCUGUGUGUGGGUAAUCCCCUUCCCUUGGAGUGGCAACAAUGCCUCGACAUCAGGUCCGGCGAGAUGUACUUCUACAACACGAAGACCCGCAAGAGAACCUUCCGAGACCCGAGGCUGAUCCCCACGCCACCGCGUCCAUGCCUCAGCCUCGACCUCAAGCUCAAGAUUGACCCUGCUGUGACCGACGACGACGAGUUCCGGUGCAACCCCAGAAGCUCUCGUGGCAGCGCGUCGCGUUCCCUGCCAUGGAUAUCGCUCGACGCGGACCGACGAGAGAUGGUGGCGACCGUGUGCAUGCGCUGCCAUAUGCUGGUCAUGAUGUGCAAAGCCGCCUUGUCCUGCCCCAACUGCAAGUUUGUGCACCCUCCCUACCCUUCGCUCCGCCAUGUCAACGAAGCCACCAGUCGAGCUUAGCUUUGUGCUGUCUGUUGAAUGAAAGAUCACUCACCUCCCCCUUUCUGACGGUGGUAGGGAUGCAAACAAGAUAAAUGUAUUAUGCACGCGGAGGUAAUCUUUGUCUCACUGUUGCAGUACAGUGGUUAUCAUUCGUAGAAGAUGUUGUUGCCU